CCUAAGCAGUGAAUUAUCGAUUCAAUAGUGGUAGUAAUUAUCAGGCCAAAAUACACGAACAAAGUCUUUUAUUGAUUUAUUUUUCUGUUUUGUGUGUUUGAUGUUUUGUGUUUGUAAUAAAGAAGUUAUGGUAUGUAAACACUUGUGUUUAAAAAGUGAUGCUGGAUGCUGAUAGAAAGUCAGAUGCUGCAUAAGUCUAAGAAUGUGGAAUUUAUGUGUACUCGAUUUUUAGUGAAAAAUUGAGUAAUUUCCAGGAAAAUAAUGGCAACUGCUAUUCACGGGGACAGUAAUGAGCAGGUUCUCACGCCGGUCAAACCUCCCAGCACCAACAACACACUUGUACGGCCGGCAGACCCAGGGGGGCAGAAGACCGGACCGAACAGUCCCCCUAGACAGUCCCCAGUGCCAAACCAGCCCCUCUCUGUCAGAAGCCAGCCAGAUGCCAAACCCCUUAGUCCUGGCUGGAGCGCCGCGAUAGCAGCCGCGCAGGCUCAAGGUGCAGCCAGUAUGACGCGGAAAAGGAACAAUCGUAAACAGCAAAAUCAAAAUGUGCGCCCGAAAAGGGCGUUGUUCUGUCUUAGCCUUCAAAAUCCCUUACGGAAGUUGUGCAUACGGGUAGUAGAAUGGAAGCCAUUCGAGUUCCUUAUUUUGUUGACAAUAUUUGCCAACUGCUUUGCACUGGCGUUGUAUGUUCCCUACCCAAACCAAGACACAAAUGAUGUGAACAAGGCUCUGGAGAACAUAGAGUACAUCUUUCUGGUGAUAUUUGGGGUGGAGGCGGUUAUGAAGAUUAUAGCCUAUGGUUUUCUACUACAUUCUGGUGCUUACCUAAGAAAUGGCUGGAACAUUCUAGAUUUUAUCAUUGUAGUUAUAGGAAUAAUUAGUUUAGUAUUAUCAUUAAGCAUAGAAGACGAUGUAUUCGAUAUCAAGGCUCUGCGAGCAUUUAGGGUGUUACGACCCCUUCGUCUUGUAUCCAGAGCCCCAAGUUUGCAGGUGGUCCUCAACUCUAUCGUGCGGGCAAUGGUGCCUUUAUUCCACAUUGGUCUCCUUGUCAUCUUUGUGAUCAUCAUCUACGCCAUUAUUGGUCUGGAGCUCUUCUCAGGAAAACUGCAUGAAACGUGCUUCAUCAAUGGAACAACGGAGUAUGCCAGUGAAGAUCAAAAUCCGUGUGGGAAGGGAUACAAGUGCGACGCCACCGCGGGCCACGUGUGUGCAACAGGGUGGGAUGGGCCCAACGACGGGAUCACUAACUUUGACAACAUCGGCCUUGCCAUGCUCACCGUGUUCCAGUGCAUCACCAUGGAGGGAUGGACUGACGUGCUUUAUGAUAUCAAUGAUGCAAUGGGGAAUGAGUGGCCCUGGACGUACUUUGCCAGCCUGAUCAUCAUUGGCUCCUUCUUCGUUCUCAACCUCGUUCUUGGUGUCCUCAGUGGAGAGUUUUCUAAGGAGAGAGAGAAGGCAAAGGCCCGGGGCGACUUCCAGAAGUUACGAGAGAAACAACAACUUGAGGAGGACUUGAGGGGAUAUUUAGACUGGAUUACACAAGCUGAAAUGAUGGAUCCUGAAAAUGAAGAGGAAGGGGAAGAAAGUGAGAAACAGCGGCAUGUCAAAAUUCCAAAUGAAACUGACUCGUCAGAUAAAACUGAGGAUGGUAUCGAUGUUGAUGAAGUUCAGCAGACAUGGUGGCACAGAAAAAGUCGAAGGUUCCAGAAGCUGAACCGUCGAUGUCGAAGAGCGUGCAGGUUGUUUGUGAAGAGCAAACCAUUCUACUGGACUGUGAUAGUCAUGGUGUUCCUGAACACAUGUGUGCUAACCUCUGAGCAUUAUCUGCAGCCCCAAUGGCUCGAUCAAUUUCAAGAGAUUGCCAACAUUUUCUUUGUGUCUCUGUUCACGAUGGAAAUGCUCGUCAAGAUGUACAGUCUUGGGCUUCAAGGCUACUUUGUGUCGCUGUUUAACCGCUUCGACAGCUUUGUAGUGCUGUGCAGCAUAGCAGAGGUGAUAUUUAUCAUGACUGGGGUCUUACCACCGCUUGGUGUCAGCGUGCUGCGAUGCGCACGCCUCCUGCGUGUGUUCAAGGCAACCAGAUACUGGUCGUCUCUCCGUAACCUGGUGGCCUCGCUCCUCAACAGUUUGCGCUCUAUUGCCAGCUUGCUACUGCUGCUCUUCCUGUUCAUUGUCAUCUUUGCCCUGCUUGGAAUGCAGUUGUUUGGAGGGAAGUUCAACUUCAAGACUGACAAACCGCGCAGUAACUUCGACACGUUCUAUCAGUCACUCCUGACUGUCUUUCAGAUCCUGACCGGUGAGGACUGGAAUGCUGCCAUGUACGACGGGAUCAAGGCAUACGGGGGCGUGUCUGAGUUAGGAUCCCUCGUGUGCAUGUACUUUGUGAUAUUAUUCAUCUGUGGUAACUAUAUCCUUCUGAAUGUGUUCUUGGCCAUCGCUGUGGACAAUCUUGCAGACGCUCAAAGUUUAACAGAAAUAGAGGAAGAGAAGGAGGAAGAACGACAAAGGACCCGAUCUAUACGACGCUCAAAGAGUAAAUCUCCCGAGAAAACGGAUAUUAAGGGUGAGGAGGAUGAGGGGGUAGGGAUGAACGGGGACGAGGGCAGGGCCAUGGACGGAGAUUAUGACGAUGAGACACUGAGCCGUCGCCCUAGCAACCGCAGCUCCAGAAGCCAUCGUUCGCACUCUGACCAUCGAUUGCAUGUAGAUGAUUCAUAUGAGGAUGAAGGGAUGUACCGACAUAGCCAGCAUAUACCAAUAGAAGAGGAUGAUUAUGCAACAGAGGAAGAUGAUGAAGAUGAGGAGGAGGGUGAUAUGGAGGGUGAGGAGGAGGAGGACAAUGAGACUGUCAACACGGCGCGACCUCGACGUAUGUCCGAGAUACGCAUGUCCAACAAGGUGAAGCCGAUACCACCUGCCAGCUCUCUCUUCAUUCUGUCUCAAACCAACAAGUUCCGAGUGAUCUGUCACAAGGUGUGCAACCACUCUUACUUCGGGAACAUCGUACUUGCAUGUAUCCUCAUCAGCAGUGGUAUGUUGGCAGCGGAGGACCCCCUGAACAGCAAGUCUGAUAGGAAUGAGAUUCUGAACUACUUUGACAUCUUCUUUACCAGCGUGUUUACAGUGGAAAUCAUUGUCAAAAUUUUAACUUAUGGAUUGGUGCUUCAUAAAGGCUCGUUCUGUCGCAGUUUCUUCAAUAUACUUGAUCUGCUGGUAGUCGGCGUAUCUCUCGUAUCAUUUGUUUUAGACAAUGAAGCUAUCUCUGUAGUGAAGAUUCUCAGAGUGCUACGUGUGUUGCGACCUCUAAGGGCAAUCAACAGGGCCAAAGGACUCAAGCAUGUGGUUCAGUGCGUGAUUGUGGCCAUCAAGACGAUCCAGAACAUCAUGAUCAUCAUGUUGCUGCUGCAGUUCAUGUUCGCGGUCAUCGGCGUCCAGCUGUUCAAGGGGACAUUCUGGCACUGCUCGGACCGCUCAAAGUUAACCAAGGAGGACUGCAGGGGCUAUUUUGUGAGUUAUCCAGAUGGCGAGUUCAUCAAUCCGGAGCAGAACGAGCGCAUAUGGGAGAACAACAAGCUCAACUUUGACGACGUGUCGCAGGCAAUGAUGACUUUGUUCACAGUCUCCACGUUUGAGGGAUGGCCUCUACUGCUGUACACCUCCAUAGAUUCAAACAGCGAAGGUCAGGGUCCCAUCUAUAACUACAGGCCUGGAGUGGCCAUCUUUUACUUCAUCUUCAUCAUUGUCAUUGCCUUCUUCAUGGUUAACAUCUUUGUCGGUUUCGUCAUCGUCACGUUUCAGAAUGAAGGGGAACAGGAAUUCAAGAACUGUGAACUUGAUAAAAAUCAGAGAAAAUGUAUAGAGUUUGCAUUAAAAGCCAAACCCACACCUCGCUAUAUACCAAAGUCAAGAUGGCAGUACAAACUAUGGUGGUUUGUAACCUCCAAGGCAUUUGAAUACGCGAUAUUUGCACUCAUCCUGGUCAACACUAUAGCACUUGCAUUAAAGUAUCAUGGGCAGUCAGCUGAAUACUCGGACGCCCUCGACUACAUGAACAUGUUCUUCACAGGCGUAUUCACUGUUGAGUUCGUUCUCAAACUGACAGCAUUUAGAUUCAAGUACUACAUCAUAGAUCCUUGGAAUAUAUUUGACUUCAUCAUAGUGCUUGGCAGUUUUAUAGAUAUCAUCUACACAGAGGUCAAUACGGGAUCUCUAAUCAUCAGCAUCAACUUCUUCCGCCUGUUCCGAGUGAUGAGGCUCAUCAAGUUGUUGAGUCAGGGUGAGGAGAUUGGGACGCUGCUCUGGACCUUCAUCAAGUCUUUCCAGGCUCUUCCAUACGUAGGUCUGCUGAUAGUGAUGCUGUUUUUCAUCUAUGCAGUCAUUGGCAUGCAGGUGUUUGGUCGAAUCGCCAUUGACGACUCAACACAAAUUCAUAGGAACAAUAAUUUUCAGACUUUUCCACAAGCCUUGCUGGUUUUGUUCCGAUCUGCCACUGGUGAAGCCUGGCAGGAAAUCAUGCUGUCAUGUAGAGCUGACCCCACCGUCAAGUGUGAUCCACUGUCAGAAAACAGAAAUACAACAGAAACCUGCGGGAACAACUUUGCCUUCCCAUACUUCAUUUCCUUCUAUGUUCUCUGCUCAUUUUUGAUCAUUAACUUGUUUGUGGCAGUCAUCAUGGACAACUUUGACUAUCUCACUCGUGACUGGUCCAUUCUUGGUCCACAUCAUUUAGAUGAGUUUGUGCGGCUUUGGGGAGAAUAUGACCCAGAAGCAACGGGCAGAAUAAAACAUUUAGAUGUUGUCACAUUACUUAGAAAAAUAUCACCACCCCUAGGGUUUGGAAAGUUGUGCCCACAUCGAAUAGCAUGCAAGCGUUUAGUGAGUAUGAAUAUGCCAUUAAAUAGUGAUGGAACUGUGAUGUUUAAUGCUACGUUAUUCGCACUGGUGCGAACUUCACUAAAAAUCAAAGUAGAGGGUAAUAUAGACCAGGCGAAUGCAGAACUAAGGGAGGUUAUCCUGAAAAUAUGGAAGAGAACAAGUUCAAAGAUGUUGGACACAGUUGUUCCCCCUGCUGGUGACGAUGAUGUGACGGUGGGGAAAUUCUAUGCAACAUUUCUCAUCCAAGACUACUUUAGGCGGUUUAAGAAACGGAAAGAACAGAUGCAAAAGAUUCAGAAAGGCCAGGAGCACACUAAUGCACUCCAGGCUGGAUUGCGUGCAGUACAUGACCUGGGUCCAGAAAUACGUCGGGCAAUCUCCGGGAACCUGGGAGAGGAAGAAUUCCCUGACAAGGAUGUAGAAGAACCUAUGCAUAGAAGAAACCACAGUCUGUUUGGCAGCGUGAUGAACGCGCUGACGGGCACAGUCAAGACUGGGCUCCCAUUUGCCACCAGGACCCAGUCUCUGUUCAUAAGCAAUGCCAAGGUGCCACCCAAAACCUCGCCCUCAAACUCCUUCCACAGCCAACACAAUAAAAUGUCACCAAGGAACUCAGUGAACGGGAAACUGUCAUCGUCGGAUACAAAUAAUCACAUAAGUGGAAGUAGACUUAAUGUGGAGUUGAAUAAUGCUAUAAAUAGAUCACAGUUGCCAUUAGCAAAGCAGCUGGGAGCAGAUGAUGCACAGAUAACCAAUCAAUAUUUGUCGUCUGUGCCGCUACGGGUCUCGUCUUCAAGACAUUCAAGUCAAACAUCAAGUGAGGGGUCAUUCCAUGACGUUGAGGAGGGAAGUGAGGCAGGCUCUAUCUCUGAGGUCUCAGAAGACAAGUGGGCGCACAUGAACUCUGUGGGUUACCCACCACACUAUGCCAACAACGUGCAACAGAUACAGAAACAGCCAAUCUAUGUGUAUAGAGAUCUACCACCGGAGGACAGUGAUUUUGAGCGAGACCACGCACCACCCACUCCGCCCCCAAGAAAGUUGUCGAGAAAAGGUCUUGCAAACCGGCUUGGCUGCAUUGGGAAACAGGGCAGUGAUGAAAACCCACUGAUGAGAAAGGUUGGGGAGCCUCUGAAGUUGACCCAGUCACAAGCUAUGGCAGUUGCAGGUUUUACCGGGGAUGGACAACCAAGAUCUGCACAGAUUCCUCGGGCACCAGUUGCUACGCCCAACAGAGCACGGGCUUCCUACAUUCAACCAGUGCACCAAUGCCUUCGUUUCAAACGUUCGCAUUCCAUUGUUGAAGGUGAAGGUCGUGCCAAGCCUGACCCCAUGAGGGUCGCACGCUACAGUGAUGCCAUGUUGCCCCGGGAGGGCGGCCCCCUUCAGUUGCCUAGCAAUGUGAUGUCAUCCAACCCUAGCGACAACGUCAGCGCUGAGAGCCUUGUUGAACAGGUGAUUAUCAGUGAGGGUCUGGGUCGCUACGUGGAUGUGGGCGCCCUCAAGCGGGAGCUCCAGGAGGCUGGGGACAUGACCUCGGAGGAGAUGGAGGUUGCGGCGCGGCACAUCAUACUGGAGCAGCGGCGCAAGAACAGCGGCCUGCAGCCACCCAUGUUUGACCACAUGGGGGGGUAUCAUGCCCACGAAAUGAAGGACUAUAAUCAAUACUCUGCUCAAGUUGAACUUCGCCAUAGAAACGAGGAUGAGGAAGAAAGUGAAAAUACACAAAUGGAUCAGGAAAGUUCAUAUCCCUCGUUCCACCGUGAAAAUGUCUGAGGAAAAACAGCGCAGUUCCUUGCAGCCAUUCCACAUAGACUGGUUCACCUCUCAGUGAUGCUGUCCUUAACUUGGGGUGUAAAAAUUGGGAACUAGUCAAGUAUUAUAUUCACAGGAAGAGAGUGUGGUCACUGUUCUAUGUAGAUCAUGCAGUGUUACCGAAAGAUGGGUGUUAGGGUAGUUUUUGUCUUUGUAGCAGUGUGAAGAACAAUGAGCAAAGAAUUUAUGUAUUACAACUCAGAAUUAGAAAACAAACUUUCCUUGAUAAAUGGGUUAUACUGUAAGUUUUUCAGGAAAGGUACACAAUGGUCAAGUACAAUGUACGUUAAACUGUAUAGUGACAUGAUUAGUUGGUUUUCAUUAUUGUAGCAAACAUAUGUGUGAGUGGAACAUCAGAAGAGUUUCAUAUGUUCUCAUUAUGAAUCAUCCAUGCUGUUGUUGUCUAUUUUACAUCCAGAGCCAAAUUCAGUUUGUACAUGUUUGUUUUUGUGCUGCUUUAAGCAGGUUGGAUUGUUCAGCCCAUAUUUCUCCAUUCAUGUUUGUUUAGCAGUCAUGUUUGUUUAGCAGUCAUGUUUUAAGUUGCAUUUUGUUAAAUAUAUUGAAACUUUAGAUAGCUUAAGUUAUUGUGUAUUUGUGCAAUUUUAAUUAUUUGAAGAAAUAAAUGUUAUAAUAUACAUGUGUAUGUCAUUAUUUUUCUCAUUAAAAACUUUCUUGAUAUUCCCAUAAGCACUGCAAAAUAUUUUUAUUUUGUGAAAAUGCGGGGUUUAUUCCUUAUAUAAGAUAACUUCGAAGCAUCUUAAAUUAACUUGUUAAUUAAUCUUCAUAUUAAUCUUUUUUAUUAUUUUUUGAAAGACAUUAUUGGAACAAAUUUGAUUAGUGUUUGGUCAAACAUGAAACACAACACCUUUUUGUUUUUGAUUUGCUUUCAUAUUGAUUCUUUAAGUGAAUGUUUCUUCUUUAAGUUAAUUUAAUUUACUUGUAAUAAUGUGAACAUUGGAAAAAUGCCUAAGAAAGGCAACUCUGUAAAUGAUAUAAUGUGAAUUAAUAAGUUUUCCCCUUGUAUUGAUGAAGAAAAGCCAAUGAAUCUUGACCUCUAUAUAGAAUUUUAAAUAACAUUGACUUUGCUGCCAACAAUUGUUAAAAAUAUUGUUUUGCAUUGAAGUUGCUUUGUAGUUUAACAUUGUAAUGAUUGUAAGAGAACUUUUACAGAUUAAUUGUGUAUUUUUUUAGUUUUUUAUCUGUUUGUAAAUUUAACAAGUGUCCAGUUAAUAUGGUUAAUUUAUAUUUAUUUUACUGUGUUUUUUUAUGAUAGAUCUAGUUUUAGAAUUAAUUGAUAAAUUUACCUUUGCAAUUUGUGUUAGUUGUAUUGCAAUCGAACAUUGUUUUGGUUGGUAUUUCUGCUAUUGGCGGUCAUGUAGCUCUUGGCUUUCAUAACUGUAGAAAAUUUGGUGAAAAGUUUGAAAAUCGAAGAUCCAAUUUCAUUUAUUUGAAAACUAACAAACAUUAUAUUGAUUCAGUACACAACUAUGCAAAGUUUGUGAAUGAUAAAUGCACAUAAAGCAUUCUAUUAUUCUGCUCUUCUUAUGAACACAUUUUGCAGUAACUUACAGUCUAUUCAACAUAUAAGACAUCUUAGGAAAACCGAGCUUAAUGCAUUUGUUAAAAGUAUUGUCCCAGAUAAGCAUGCAGGAACUGUACAUGAAUAAAGCCCAGUUUUCCCAGAGCUCAGAUAAUAUAUUUUAAGUAUUCAAACUCAAUUUUGUCAUUUUCUCUUUCCUAAAACAAACCUCAGAUUUAUGUAGCUUUCCAUUUUGAAAUUUGUUUUACAAUGAUAUAAAUAUGUAGAUUUUUCUGAAUUUGUUGAUUAUGUUUCUACAUGCACUGAGUUAUAUGUCAGUAAUUGGUUGUCCUUUGACAAGUAUUUAUUGCCCAUGAAAUGGUUGUGUUUGGCCGUGUAGCUCAACAUUUUCCCAUUUGCUGAUACAAAUGGUUGUGCAUACUUACAACAACAUAUACACUGUUUAUGGUCUUAGAGUAUUUAUACAUUUUUGCUUAUUUAUGUACUAGGCUAUGUAUUGAUACUAACAUUGUUUUCCUAUUUCCUAUAACAACUCAUGCGUGUGUCUUUUAUUUUGUGGUGAAUUGUCUACAGUGAAAUGAUCCAGUGAUCUAGAAAUAAGUGACCAAUAACAUUUCUUGUUACUGUGUAACAGGACUCCUUGAUAGUUAACUAAUAACAUCAUAAAUGCUUGCAUAAACAUUCUUCGUGGCAUUCAAAACUGUCUGAAAUAAUUUUUAUCAAUAAACAUUUCUAUGUACUCUUUAUAAUCCCUUGUUGAAAACAUACCCUAGAGAGAGAAAAUAUGUUGACACCACUUUUUAAAAAUGAUUUAUUUUUUUCUGUUGGAAUUGAUAAAUUUUACAACACUUUAAAUGAGUUUUAUUUAAUUAUUAUACUUUCAUUUCUAUAUUAAAGUGUAUUUGAGCUGAGUCGUGCAAAUACAGGUCUUAUGCCAUGUUUGCAAACUGUAGCUCUAGACCAGUCAUUGUAUUUGUGCAGUCUGGCCAGGGGCUACCCAGAAGUCCAUUAAAAAAUCAUGCAAGCUUUCGUUGUCUCAUAAGCGGACUGGAAAUUAGCCCCUGACUCAACUGACUGAAAGUGCAGGCUGAUGUGGGGAUGUGCUUGCUACCUAUGGUAUAAGACCAAUUUAUAAUUAUAAUUUUUCUAUUUUUUAAGCUGUUUGUUUUGCUUUUGUGCCCUUGUUGUCCAUACUUGUGAGUGUAAAUAGUGGAUUGACAUCAUUUAGCUUCAGCAUCAUGGUUAGAAUGUUUGUGUUUUUGUGAUUAUGCCAUGAUACACUCUAUUGAAGAAUAGAGAAACAAUUUUAUUAUAUUAAACAUGAAAACGUCUAUGUAUACUGUCUAUUUCAAUAGAUUUUAAGGAAUGUUAAACUUAUGUGCAAUAAAACAUAUUCCCCAGUCAA